AUGCAGUUAGGCAGCGGCAGCGGCGCCAGGGGCGGUGACGACCCCCGGGCGCUGCUGCGGGCCAUCAACCCGCGAGAGGCGGCUCUGCUGGAUGCGGCGGCCGGCGCGCACGUGAGGUUCAGGCUAGGGGGCGCGAGCUUCCCGCCACAGGUGCUGUACAAGAUCUUCACACACAGGCCGGUGGCAGACAUCAACGCCUUUGCGCCGCGCGACUACGCGGCGGAGGCGCCGGACCGCAGCGCCUGCCUGGACGCCGGCACUGGCGGUGCAGCAAAGCGCGCGCGGCGCCAGCCCGAUGCAGCCCGGGAACCCAUCCGCGCUGCGCAGUCUGACGCGGGCUUGGAGUUGAGCGACCGCAACGGCUGGCGGCCCGCGGCCCCCCACCUGCUGUUCGACCCAGAGCAGCGGGCCGCGCUGGGGCUGAACGGCGGCGCCGCCAGCGGCAGCGGCGGGCAGAAGGGCACCAGGCAGGACAGCGAGGACGGCAGCGCGCUGCUGACGUGGUGCCAAGCCCUGGACUUUGAGGCGUACACGGCCAGCUGGGCCGCCGCAGCGUGCAGCUUGGGGUCGGAGGCGGCGGCGGAGGGCCUGCUGGUGGAGAGGGCGCUGCUCGCGCACCUGGCGGCGGCGCAGCAGCAAGGGGAGGCCAUUUGCGGCGGCGACGCGCUAGUUGCACGCGCACAAAAGUAA